AAAGCUUCAAUAGUCGCUUGAGACAUUAUCUAAAGUCAACCAAUAAUGUGCUGGAAUUUUUUAGUCAUUUUGAAAGGUUACUUGAAGACUUACGCCACAAUGAGUUGGAUUCCAAUUAUGACAUGAGCCAGCGUUUGCCAGUUUUGAGAGUGGAAGUGCUUUUGUUGAAGAACUCAAGGGAUGUUUACACACCCAAAAUCUUUAAUUUCUUUCAAGAAGAGUAUAAGAAGUCUUUGGACAUGGUUGUUAAUACAUGCUAUGAUAUUUCACCAUUGUUUGAGUACAAGGUUUGCAUGUAUGGGUGUACUCGAGAACAUAAGGUUAUCUUCAAUUCUACAGACCAAACAGUUGUUUGCAGCUGUAACAAAUUUGAGUUUGCUGGGUUUUUAUGUAGUCAUGCAUUAAAGGUGCUAGAUAUUCAAAAUAUAAAACUACUUCCUUCUCGAUACAUUUUGAAGCGGUGGACUAAGCAAGCGAGAGUUGGAUGUGUACUAGAUAGCUAUGGUUGCAUUGUGAAAGAAGAUCCUAAGUUGGAUAUAACAAAUCGGUACAAAGAUUUGUGUCGUAAUGCAGUUAACAUUGCAAGUAAGGCUGCUGAAACUGAAGAAGCAUCUGUGUUUUUAGCUAAGAAGAUGGUUGAAUUAAAUCUUGAUGUGGAAAGGAUUUUGAAAAAAAAAAAAGAUUUACCUUCCAAUGAAAUUGGGAUGGAUCCUUCUCAUAAUGAACAUGUAGAUGUUGCAUCUGUCAUAUCAGCUUAUAAAGCAACUGGGAUUAAGAAAAAAAUAGGCACAUCUCGUGUUAAAGGUCGGCCUAAAAGUUUUAUUGAAAAAGGAUCAAGGAAAAGGAAACAUGCUUGUGGAGAAACUCCUGUGACAAGUUCUACUGUCAACAUCCCAGCUUCUUUAUCUGUUAACUAUACACAAGUAACACAGGCAUCAAGCAUUGCGUCUGAUUAUUCUGCAAGGGAUGGUAGUGCUGGUAUUCAUUAGAUUCCAUGGAUGUGUACUUAGUGUGGUGGUAGUAUCUACAGCUUACCAUUAACAAGACCAUUGUGUUCUGUAGCAUGGGCAAGGAGUUUAGCAUGCAAGAAGUUUAGUGUGGCUUUGGAUGAAUCAAUAAUUUUUUGGCAAGAGCAAGGAGUUUAGUGUGGCAGAUCACUGUGUUUUGUAGCAUGGACAAGGAGUUUUCUUGGCAGACCACUGUGUUCUUUAGCAUGUGAUCAAUAAUUUGUUUACUAAUUGCUACAAGUGACAUUACUUUGUUUUGUUGUCGCGUAUCAGUUUAUUUACCAAUGCGUGUUUUGGGUACUUUUAUUGUUAUAACUUAUCAAGUGUAACUUCUUUAAUAUUGGAUACUUUUUAUGGUCCAAAUUCAC